UAAAGUGAUGUCAACAGACAAGAGGCGCUUGGAAAUCGCCUCAGAGAGCGAGGAGGAAGCUGGAAAAGCUUCGACAAUUUGUCGCGCAUUGACUGACGAACAAGAAAGGAAAAAUUUGAACUGUUGGGCAGGAAGAACAAACCGCCGAAAGUCCAAAUUAUAGUCGCCUCGCGAAGGAGAAUGAUUGCGCCUGCAGCACGAGGCAGCUGGUUUGUUAGUUAGUACGGCUGUCAAUGUGAGGCAUUGCGAAAGACUGUGAGACGAGCGGAAGCAUGUGCGAUCGAGUAGACGCAGUCGAUUGAUCUGCUCGAUUGACGUUGCUCGAGGCCAGUGAUCAGUGACGAUGGUCAAUAGUUGUCGCGGAACGAAGUGUGUCUCAGAUUUUGUUGGGAACUCGUUCGUUAGGGCGCGUUCUUGCUGCACCUCCGUGUCUGGAAUGGAGAACAGACGAGGACCUGACGCGCGUCUGAGCGGCGAGCGACGAAUUUGGCAAUGCUGAUCGCCUGCGAUGGAAAGGGGCCGCGAAAGGACCCACAGCCGAAGCGUGGGAGCUGUAAGCUCUGGAGACAAUUUGAAUAAGCGGGCUACCCGUGGCACAACGAGCAGACGGGACCGAUGCGUGGCAUUGACAUUUUACAGAGACUGUGAAAAUUAGGCUCUCGCAGCCGGUAGCCUUGGGACGUGAAGAGGUUUGAAGAAUAUCCCGUGAAUUUGAAGACUGCUCACUACCCAACCGAGGGGCAAAAAUGAGCGGAGCGAGGCUGUGCAGCUUGCUGACCGAGCUUGGGUAUGAUGGAUGGCAAUCGCUGGAUCCAGACAGCUUUGAGUGGCCUUUCCAGUACGAGGAAACGCGUCCGGUCCUGGACUGGCUGUGCGUCAAUUUGCGCCCGUCGAACGUGCUUUCAACCCCUGAGAUUAUACAGUACAAUGCGCUCUUAGAAGAAGGAAAGGUCUUAGAGGGUGAGGAUCUGGAUUUUGCGUACGAGAGUAUCUCUGCUUUUGCUCGGAGGAGGUCAAAUCAGGAAGCAGUUCUUGGGGUUGAAGAGUCUGUGAUGGAAAUCAAAGAGGCAACAGUUGCAUACAAGGCUGAAGCUCAAGAGUUACAAAAGCGACUCCAACACUUGCAAGUGCAUCUAGACUCAUUAAGUGGGCAUACUUCUUCUGUUAUCCAAGGAAGGAGGGCAAGAGCAUCUUCAUCGUCAACGACCAGUGAGCAACUUCUCAUGUCAGAAGAAAAACUGGCUGCUAGAAACGUGGAGCUGAAUGCAGUUUUAGAGAAGAUCUCUUCAUCGGCUCGUGAUCUAGCCUACUACCACUCCGGGGAAGAGGAGGGCAUUUAUCUCUCAUUUGCAGAUUUUCGUUCUUUUAUUGCUCAAGAUCAGGCUUGUACGAAAGCACUAAAUGACUGGUUCGUCAAACAAUUUGACGUGGGUCCGUCUCGACUUGUCGCCGAGGAAGGGCAGUCAAAGUGCUCGUGGGGAGGUCUUGAGGAUGAGAAUCAGUCUAGCAAAGGAGAUUCAGAGAAAAUGUACAACAGUCGAGUAUCUGAGCUUCAACGACUUCGCUCCAUAUUUGGAGUUAGUGAAAGACAAUGGGUGGAAGCCCAAGUCGAGAAUGCAAAGCAACAAGCUUCUCUCCAAAUGGCCAUGAGCCAAGCAUCUGCCGACCAACACCACAUUCAUUCUGAUAUAACAUCCCUCAGGCGGAAGCACACCGAGGUUGGGAAUGAAAUAUACACUCUUUCCAAGUCUGAGGAGAAGCUCCUGAAUGAGGUUAUUCCGAGUCUUUGUUGGGAGCUUGCCCAACUCCAAGACACUUACAUACUUCAAGGUGAUUAUGAUUUGAAGGUUAUGCGGCAAGAAUACUACAUUUCGCAACAAAAGAAGUUUAUUGGUCUGCUUGCAGAUCAGCUCGCGAGACAUCGGUUUCUGCAGUUUGCCUGUCAACUGGAGAGAAAGCAGAUGAAUGGAGCUUACGAACUUCUUAGAUUAAUUGACACAGACUUACAAGGGUUUAGUCAUGCAACUAUAGGACGUAUUGAGCGCUACACGGCUCUUGCAAAUGCAGCUGCGGAAACGAACGAGCAAGGAGCUGUUGAUGAUCAAGAUACCUUCCUCCAUCGCGUGCGCGACAUACUCAACAUUCACGCAUGCAAUGGGUCCAUUGCAGAUGAGCAAGGAGGUUCUCGAAUGUAUGUGUCGGCUCUCGGACUUGUUCAGCAGAUAUCACAGCUUCACGACGAGAAACAGGCUCUACAAGCUGAAAUGAGCUUUUCUUUGCCCGAGGACAAGAAUAAAUGCCUAAAUGACCUGUGUGAUAUCAUACGCCAGAUGCAACAACUCCUGUUUGCAUCCUCUACAACAGCGCAACCUGUCUUGAGCCCUUGGCCUUUGAUGAAAGAGCUCGCGGAGAUGGAGAAGGUGAAUUCUCAGCUCUCAGCAGCCAUUGAAGAAGUCACUCGAGAACAUAGAGAAAAAGCUGAGAUCGUGAAACAUCAUCCCCACGAAGUUGGACGCGAGAGGCAGGUUUUCGUAGACUUUUUCACCAAUCCAGACAGGUUACGAAGCCUCGUACGGGAUCUCACUGUUCGUGUCAAGGCUCUGCAAUCGUAAACAACUACCCAAUUGUAGUUUCAUCAUGACAAUAGUUUACGGAAACAUGUGGGCCAACGUCAAUGUCACAACCAGAGUACUUGAGCACGAAUGUAGGUGGGAUUGUAUCAUAGCUUAAGUUUAUGGGAAGAACGCGAUAUCUUCCGAGGAUGCAAUCACGAGCUGGUUUAUCAUCGUAUUGAGGAGUGAGAAGUAAUUCCGAGAUUCAACCGAGAGGUAGCCACUAUCAUGUUAUCCUCGUCAUUUGGUAUUGACGAUACAUCCGGUCUCCUGAUCGUAAAGCUAACAGUAGUACGAAGUUGGUAAUAUUCUCAAAUAAAUGUAUAGAAUCUUAGCUCCAGAACAGGAUAUGUGUCCUGUACAUCCUCUCGCCCAGCAGAAGGUUCAAGAAAGUUGCAUGGUGGCCAUAUGUUAAUGUAAUAACCCAUUUGAUGACAAGACACGAUAGGUCGGAGAAUCUUUUAGCAGCAAUAUGAAUUUCCAGGGAACAUUUUAGAGUUAGAUUUCUGUAAUUGUAAAUUUGAGAUUUCGCAGUCGCUUACGUCCAUCAGUUUCCCAAUUUACUGAAGUGGAUGAAGUGUAUAUUGUGGUUAAGGCGGCAGGGCUUAACUUGAGAAACCUCGUCGAUCUGGAACUCAACGGCUCUAUGUGAGCCUUAUGUGUUCCUUAGUAUGGCAUGGGGAUUGUGGAUGAAGCACAACGUAACCUAGAUUCCUUGACCUUGCGUAAGUGACAAUAGUUCAAACCCGGAAGUUAUUGUGGGUACAACUUUGUAGUAAACGAGUGUUAUCACGUCUCGUGACUAUAAAGGAAAGCUAAAGAGAAGAGAUUCUUUAACAGCUUCUGCGAAUAUAAGUAACUGCCCAGUUGUACAAUUACCACUUGUCAAAGUAAAGAUUCUG